AGAAAGUGAUCAACUUUAUAGAUAUGAUAUGUGGUUUAAGGGUUAUUGGGCAUAUAGGUAGCAUUGUAAAGAGGGAACUUUCAGCAGGAAGUCUUCAACUAGUUCGUUCUUUUAAAGCGCCGUUCCUAUUACAACGCAAUCGAACAGUCUGCACACAGCAGGUUGGCCAUCCCGUACAAAGUCAUGCUACUUGCAAUUUGUCUUUACGUCCAGACAAUAAUGGUUUGGGGCCAAAAAGAUUUUAUGAACAAGUAUACACCGUGGAGAGAAUACCUGGUGUGUAUUGUGUGUCUCUAGAUGGAAAGCUGCUUCGAACAAGAACGGGAAAGUUUCUGGAAAGCCGUUGUCGAGAGCUUUCAUUGGUGGUAGCAAGUGAAUGGGAAGCUCAACACUCGCGAAUUCUUCCAAGUUCUAUGCCUGUUACUUCUUUGUUAACUACCAGCAUUGACCUAACCAAGGAGCACAGACAACAAUUUCUUAAGACUCUAUCGGAAUUUUUUAAUACGGACACAAUUUGUAUUCGUGCUUCAUAUCCAGAAGGCCUUGUUUUUCGUCAAAAAGUCCUGUGGGAUCCUCUAAUUGUAUUUUUAAGUGAGAAUUGGAAUAUCCAGAUACGAACAAGUGAAGAUCUCUUCGGUGUUUCUCAAGAGAGAGAAAGUCUGGAAAAAAUUCGUCAAUAUUUGGAGAAUCAGUCUUCCCUAUUCAUAACUGCGCUACACUCUGCUACUAGCACAACUAAAUCACUCAUUAUUGGUUUAGCCUUGUCUGAAAAGGCUAUUAGUACAAGACAAGCCAUGGAAGCUUGUCGUUGUGAAGAAGACUUUCAAAUUCAAUACUGGGGUGACGUGGAAGGUUGUCAUGAUAUUGACCGUGCAGAUACUUUCGUCCGUUUGGCCUCUGCUUCUCUUGUAUUUUCGUUGUUGCGAACCUUUCCCGAGUGUUUCCAUUCUCAGAAUUGAGUUUCAUCAUUUUUGAUGUGCAACAGUUUUGAUGAGGAAAUGAUGAUGGACUAUGCUCAGAAGGAAAAGCAAAGAAUAAUUCAAGAAAAGGUACUCAGAUUUUCCUCUCGGGAAAAUAAAAGCCAAUAGAUUGAU